CCAGACCCUAAACCCUUACCACUUGGAAUUCAAGUUCGAACUUCGAAGUGUUUUCUCCAUGCUCCCCGACGACGCAGGACAAAUCGCCGGCGAGCAAGCCGGUGUUGGCCACCACGUCAUGUUGGACGAAAGUAAAUUCGAUUUGCAUCUCCAGUUGUGGGCACUUCGAAUUCCUCGCGAACUUUGCAAGACAGUCAGUCGCAUGCUUAAUGGAUAUUUGCUUGAUAAGCCCCGUGUCAAACCCAUCACUGAAGAUCCAUCAUGUGAAAAAAACCGUUAUAUGAUAUUAUCUGAAAAAAUUCAAAAUCCUGACUUAUCUGACAUUCCAGACCAAACACUUGAUGGAGUGAAGAAAUUAUGCAAAAUUGAAGUAGUUCCCUAUUCAUUGACUCUCGGAUAUUCCUAUUGGGGUGCAGACCAUGUUUUGAAGCAGAUAUUGCCCCCUGGAGUGGAGGCUCCUUCAUCUUUUGAAACAAUAGGCCAUAUUGCUCAUCUGAAUAUCACCGGCGAACUGCUCCCUUACAAGGAUGUUAUUGCAAAAGUUAUUUAUGAUAAAAACCAACCAAGAAUCAAAACUGUUGUAAAUAAAGUUGGAACAAUUACCAAUGAGUUUCGUGUGCCAAAAUUUGAAAUUCUGGCAGGAAAAGAUGAUAUGGUUACAGAAGUGAAGCAGUACGGAGCAACAUUCAAGCUUGAUUAUGGCUUAGUGUACUGGAACUCAAGACUGGAACAUGAACAUAUGAGAUUGGUUUCUCAGUUCCGGGAAGGAGAUAUAAUUUGUGACAUGUUUGCUGGCAUUGGCCCUUUUGCGAUUCCAGCAGCACAGAAAGGAUGUACAGUGUAUGCAAAUGACUUAAACCCAGAUAGUGUUUGCUAUUUGAAGAUAAACGCAGAGAUCAACAAGAUUGAGGAUCAUGUUUGUGUUUACAAUAUGGAUGCAAGAGCGUUCAUAUCUCAGUUAAUGACAGUUCCAGGUUGUGAGGCUGAACCAGAAUCCAAGCUUCUCACACUCAGAACUUGUGAAGGAUAUGGCUUAAAAGCUGACAAUGAGGCAGACUCUGAAAAUAGACGGCCAACAGUUCAGAUGCAAGAAGUGCUCUUACAUGGCUCAAAAGAUGAGGGUAUUGAAAGUUCAUGUUUGACUAUUGACACUGCAAAUGUUGCUGGUAAAAGACAUGCGGAAAUUUGUGAGGAAGAAAAUAGAAGUGUGGAUGGUGCUGGUGUUCCUGCAGGCAGUGGGAGAAAGGGCAACAUGAAAAAGAGGAUGAAAGGCCCUGUGUUUUCCAAUAUGAAGACUUGGGAGCAUGUUGAUCAUGUGAUUAUGAAUCUACCUGCUUCUGCCUUACAAUUUCUUGAUGCUUUUAAGGGCCUUAUCCAGAGAAGAUACUGGAAAGGACCUUUACCUUGGAUUCAUUGCUAUUGCUUCAUGAGAUCAACUGAAACAGAAGAAUCAAUACUUUCUGAGGCAGAGUCCAACUUAAGUGCCAGGAUACAAGACCCUAUAUUCCACAGGGUUCGGGACGUUGCUCCAAACAAGGUGAUGUAUUGCUUAAGCUUUAGGCUUCCUGAUGAGGCCUGUUUCAAUGAAGUUGUCACCGAUGUUACCCUCCAAUCUUCCCAAGGGGAGUUUCAAAUCCUAUGAGUAGAGUCAAUCCUGUUGCUUUAUGUAUCAACCUCAAGGUUGGAAACUGAUUCUUCUUUUUCCCCUAAUAAAUUGAUCCUAGAUUAGCUAAGUAAAAGUAGGAAACAUACAGAUAAAAAUGAAAAUGCUGAAUUCAGGAAUAUAAUUUCAUGCAGAUCUCUAACAAAAUGUGUUUCUUUUUACUUUUCUUCUUGACAGUAAUUUGUUUGAUGCCAAUCUCAAUUUCAUAUGUGCUUUUGACAAAGCUGGCUCCUCAAGUCAGGUUACUUGUAAAUGCCUAAUAUGGCAAUGCCAAACCAACAUUAAUAUGUUCUGUCUUUGGUCUGUAACAUUGAGCACCCAUGGAGCAUUGUAAUUCUAUAGCAUCGUAAAUGAAGGGAAAAAGGAAGAUCAAGAGUAAGGGCAGUGUGAAACUGUUUAUGCUUGAUUCCCCCAACAUAGAGGAUCUGCAGAAACCUUGAUUCAGUUUAGGGUACAAAUUUUAAGAGUUCAAAUAUUUUAAUGUGGGUUCAAGGUUUUCAGAAUUCAAACCUUGAGGA